CCAAAUUUGGUUUCUCAGUACUUAACUAAAUUCGAGCGUGUCAAGUUAAAAGCGAUAUUCUACUGCUAGGCGGAAAUCUUGCACGCGUUGUGGGAAAAACAACGAAGGCGGAUACCAGAGUACACGAGACAACGAGACCGAAACGUACAUGUAGAUACAUCACUCAACAAAUCGUUAUAUUCUUCCACUGUGACGUAAUGAUUCUAGAUUUCAGUGUUUGUUAAGGAAAUCAAAAUUUGUUUAAUGUUUUAAAAGCCGGUUUUCAUAGUGAAGUUUUCCAGUGUUCGUUUGCCAGUCGAAGUGAAUGGUCAGUUUCCACUCGCAACAUUUACUCGCCCAAGUGCCCAAGUUCACGACGUAGACAAAUUAUCUGCUACCGCGCGUAAUAAAAGUGUAAUUUUCGCGAAGUGUGCCAUAUUAUCAACGUCAUUAAUUGUCGUACGGAUUAAACAUAGCAACGCAGCAGACCACAACAAAGACCAAUAAACAGCAAAUUGUUAUUAAUUAAUUACGCUUUAUUUAACAAUCGCGACGAAAGAGGUGACGAAACGUGAUAUUCUAAUAAUUUUAAAGUAGCCAAAGCGCGUUUUGAUUAAUAUUGUUUAAAGGAAAUUGCAAUAAUAUUGAUUACAAGCUGUACGGUAUUUGAAAGAGCAAUAAACCAAAAUCGAUAUGUCUACAACGAAGUUCAUUGCUAUUCUGCCUCAACCUACACAGUCAGGUGAUAAAAUUCAAAUCCGUGGACAAAUUUCUAACAAUGCCAAAGAAUUUUCCAUAAACUUUGCGAAUGAGGUCAACGAGGAUCCACAAUCGAUCGCCUAUCACUUCAAAUGGGACAUAGCUAAUGAAAUGCUUAUUGAGGACUAUAUGGAGGAUAACGAAUGGAUAAACAGCAAAGAAACGCCAUUUGAUGCAUUUGAUGGUCGGUUCAAGAAUGAAGCUAUUAACAAUAGUAUAAGCAAUCGCUUUAUCGACAAUAACACAAUUGUAGACACUACUGACACAUUUUCGCAUUCGUAUUCUCUUUUAGGGCAGGAAUUCGCCCUAGAAUUCGCAUUCCUAGAUGAUGGCAUCUAUGUGUACUUGGCCCGCGAAGAUGGCCGAAAUCUUAUCACACAUUUUCAACCUGUGAGCGAUUUUCAAUUAAUUGAAUCGGUACAAGUGUGGGGCGAUGUGGAAAAAAUCACACUGUUAUCAUUCUCUUACAAAUAGACACCAAUUACCAUAUUCACAAAUGCAAAUCUGCAAAAAAAAAAUACAUUUGUCCGUGUUGUUGUUGCGGUUGUACCACCAACAAUGUGGCAACUGCAAGGGAACACUUCUUGAUCUACUCUCGGUCGGAGAAAAUGCUAGUAAGAGUAGUUUUCAUUUAAUUGGUAUUAUUAAUUUCCUUAUUUAUGCUUGAACUCAUGUAGAAACGAAAAGUAUUAUGAAUUAUUUUGUUCGCUUUCACUUUUGAAUUUCAAUUAUUUUACUUAAAUUUAUUUAUUAACGAAUCUCCUUACGGUAACUAAUUUAGUAGUUUUAGUUGCUCAUUUGCUGAGAUUUUUCUAGUAAUAAUGAAACGAAAAGUAUUAAACAUGAGUACUUAUUUACCUUAACCUUAGGUGCAGCGUGCAGCUUGUUUUAUGGCACGAAUUCCUGGCAUUACAAAAUCUCUCGUGGCAAGUCAAGUUACACCGCCCCCGCAACCACUCUCUCUGCAUUAAGAAGUUUGUUUGAGUCCAAAAUAUGCACAAAAUACACGCUUACAUAUUUAUGUAUGUAUGUAUAUGCAUGUAUACAUGUAUUGGGUCCAUGCCUUCCACUCCUCAUACCCGUUUACAUACAGCAGAGGUUGAUAUACUCGUCCAUAACUCUUGCAUGAUCGCUCGCAUUAACCCUCGCUGCAAUCUAAGUUCUUAAAUAUUGAUUAAGUUAGCGCUAAGCAUGAACCACAAGUAUUUUAUUUAAAUUGUCCUAUAACCUUGCUAACACUUUAUAAUUGAAUGUGUUUACCAUAAUUACCAAAGAUAAGAUGUAAGAAAAAAAUUAUGAUAGUGUAUUGAUAUACACAAAUAUUUAAAAAUGAAAAAAUUAUGAAAUGUAAAACUUUGCGAUUUUAUAAAAAUGCCGUUGAUGCCUUGUAAUUGUUUAUAAACAAUAAAAGUGAAAGAGUAAACAGUUAAAGCAAUAUCUAAAAUAUAACUCUUCAUCUAUAUGUAUAUGUAUAAAACAUUUUUAAAUAUUGAAUUGAGCGAAACCAACUACUGUAUUUCAUUAAUUAAAAGAUGAACGUCACUAAAACUUAUAAACUCCCUUUGCUUUCCUUUAAUUGUUUGUUGUUAAUAAAUUAUUAAAAUUAGUGUUUCAAAGAAGGAUCAAUAAAAUCUUCACUCAAAACU